UGAAGAACUCCAGCAUUUUAAGUCUGAGACUUUGUGGAAAAACGAUCGUGUUGAAGAUGGCUCUCCAGCAGUUUGUGUGCAGAUUCACUCUGAUGACCCUUUUGCUUUUCUUAGGUUGUCACCCAGCAGUGACUGAUAAUUCCACAGUUGUGGAGAAUGUAUCUCCAGGAGAUUCCCCUUGGCUGGUUUAUUUCCACCCAGCAUUCAGAUGUGAGGGGUCACUGAUCACAGAUGAGUGGGUGCUCACAGAUGGCAGCUGCGUAAAACCCUCUGACAUCAACAACACAUCGGCUUUUGUGGGUGUGAGGAACCGUUCUUCCUUUCCUAUUGGAUACAGUGCCUUUUUUAGUAUUAUAGUUUGCAACAUUGAAAAUAAAAAUGGGAACAACUCUGGAAUUUGUCUUCUGAGGCUGAAAAGCCCAAUCCGUUUUUCGAACAACUUCCAGGCAAUUUCCUUAGCCUCAAACAUGAGCACGUUCGAUGGCGGCAUUUCCUCCUGGGUCUCUGUAAAUGAUUUCAUCAGUGAAAGUCCAACUAUCAGGACGCAAAGGGAGGCUAAAGCAUCAAUACUGGGCAGCUGUAAACAGAACCAAAGUAAUGUCACAGAGAAAGAGAUGCGUGCCACAAUAGGAGGAUCCUAUCCAUGUCAGGUCAUUCCUGGAUCCCCACUUGUUAUUAGAGAGCAGUCUCAAUGGAUCCUUGCUGGAGUUGCAAUUUCCACCUCAGCUUCUUGUGGAGAUCCUGGAGUCUUCAGCCGUGUGUCCUGGUACCAGGACUGGAUCCGUGAAGUUGUCACUGGCACAAAACCAACCUUUGUUACUGUCAGAUGCACUCCUACUACACCUGAUGACAGUAUAUUUAGUGGUGGUAGCAACCUUAUCCACUUUACUCACUUCUUCUCUCUGUCUACUCUUGUUCUGUUUGUCCAUGUUCUUGUUUGUGGGAAUGAAAUAUAAAAGUAGCUCCCAGGACUCUGUUCCUCAGGACUUUAAAGGGUGAUCCAGAAGAUGUUUUGCUGCUCAUCUGAGUAGAUUCUUCAAUUCUAGCCACUGAUGAGAAACUCAGGUUAUACAUAUGGUGACUGUUUCACAGGUGUGGCAAAAAGUUAAAUAUCUAGAUGUCCUUUGCAAAUGUCAAGGAUCCAGGGAUUAUUAGAAUGGUUGGGUGUUAUUUUUUACAUGGUGGGGGUCUUGGUGUAUUUGUUUCUAAACUAAAAGUCAGAUUGAUUUUUUAUUUUAUUAUUACAAUGAUUACAAAUGGAA